AUGACGGAUUCUGGGCUCUUAGUUGCACGUAUUGAACGUGCAAAAAACGACGAUCUCGUCUUAAGAAGAGAAGCUAGUGAAACGCAGCUAGAAGCAUUGAGUCAUAUACCAGAAAAGAGAGAUAGGUGCGAGGAUACUGAUGACCCUCCUAACGUCAAGAGAGUCAAGGACGAUAAUGAAGUUGAGUACACAGAAACCCAGACGUUGGUAAAUGUGGCUGCUUCUGAAAGCGACGAAGUCAAUGAGUCAGAUGAAGAGGACGAUGAAAGUGGUGAUUAUUGGAGUGGGGAAGAGGAAGCAGCGUCGGACUGGGAUGGAGAGUCGGUCAACGAAGAAGACGAGGAGUCAGAGUUCAUCAUAUAA